CCUCCGAGAUCGCUUUGCAUUUCUUACCGCGUGGUGUUUUUUUUUUCUGCCUUUGCCCUCUUUUUUUUCUCCCCCUUCCAUUGAGUCGGGUCGGGUAGGGGUUUCGUUUCGUGUUAGCUCACUUGAGGUUAUAAAGGGAAAUUGGGGCUAUUUUAUAUUAGUAACUACCUAGACCUAAUCAUUUGGUUCCGUCCAUAGAGCAAUUGAGUCAAAGAGAGCGGGUUAUAUAUACAAUCCGGUCCCAAUUGCUCUCCCAUUUUUAAAGCCAUCUUUCUUUUGCCUCUUCUUGUUUCCUCUCUGUUUUCUCGUGGCAUAAUCGAAAUCUGAUUUAGAAAUUCGAUUCGAAAAACAAAAGGAAAAAGAAAGAAAAAAAGUAAAUCUGGAUUGCUGUAUAUUACACUCUUUCCGCCAAUGCUUCGACAACUUCUUCCGCGAUGCGGGAGAGCUCUAAGAGCCCCCGCCUCGCAUUCUUCCUACGCUUUACCAGCGCUGCAACGAGCAUCCAGGUGGUACAGCAUACAACCAGCGGCAGCAUCCGUGGCGAAACCGCUAGAUAUAGAUCCUACCAAGUUAUCUAUCACCAAGACUCAAUCCCCUAAGACACCUAAGGACCCCGCCGAACUUGUCUUUGGAAGGGAAUUCACAGAUCAUAUGUUAACGAUCGAAUGGACUAAGAACGACGGGUGGUUUGCACCCACGAUACAACCUUACCAGAACCUCUCGCUCGACCCCGCCACAUGCGUCUUCCACUACGCCUUCGAGUGCUUCGAGGGUAUGAAAGCGUACCGGGAUAACAAGGGCCAGAUACGGCUGUUCCGCCCGGACAAGAAUAUGGAGCGCUUAAACAAGUCCGCCGCCCGCAUUGCCCUGCCCACCUUCUCGUCUACUAGCCUGAUCGACCUGAUCGCCAAGUUCGUCAAGCUCGAGGAGCGCUUCAUCCCCGACGGCCGCGGCUACUCGCUAUACCUGCGCCCGACCCUCAUCGGCACCCAGAAGACCCUCGGCAUCGGCGCCCCGGGAUCCGCCCUGCUCUUCGUCAUCGCCUCCCCCGUCGGCCCUUACUACCCCACCGGCUUCAAGGCCGUGUCCCUCGAGGCCACCGACUAUGCCGUCCGCGCCUGGCCCGGCGGCGUCGGCGACAAGAAGCUCGGCGCCAACUACGCCCCCUGCAUCGUGCCCCAGAUGGAGGCCGCCUCCCGCGGCUUCCAGCAGAACCUCUGGCUGUUCGGCCCCGAGGAGUACGUGACCGAGGUCGGCACCAUGAACCUCUUCGUCGCCAUCCGCAACAAGGAGACCAACCAGAAGGAGCUCAUCACCGCGCCCCUCGACGGCACCAUCCUCGGCGGCAUCACCCGCGACUCCAUCCUGAGCCUCGCCCGCGAGAAGCUCGCGCCCGAGGGCUGGCUGAUCUCCGAGCGCAAGAUCACCAUGCCGCAGCUGUACGAGGCCUCGCUCGAGGGCCGCCUGAUUGAGGUUUUCGGCUCCGGCACCGCCGCCGUCGUCAGCCCCGUGCGGAAGAUCAGCUGGAAGGGCAAGCUGGUGGACUGCGGGCUGGCCGAUAACGAGGAGUCGGGCGAGGUCGCUAAUAAGAUGAAGAGCUGGAUAGAAGCUAGGCAAUACGGAGACGAGGAGCAUGAAUGGAGUCACAUAUGUUAGAGAGAAGAGAGAAAAAAAAAAGCGAGUUCAGCGGUUUAUUUUGGUCCUGUUCACCAUAGUGUUCUAUAUCCGCAUAGAUGGUGAUAGAUCCGGCGCAAACGGCGUACUUACCUGGCCUCUUAACGAAAGAACCAUUAUGUUUAAAUUUAAAUCCGAUUUGAUCAGAGC